GAAGCAACCUAUGCAAUGAAUUAAAAUGCUUGUCACUUAGUGGAUUCCGGACAGAGGGCAGUCUUUAAGACCCAGCGAUAGUAUUUGUCUGGAGAGGAAAUGUUGCUUUUUGACAGAUGAGAGAAAUCCCCUUAGUGUUGGCUGUGGGAAGAGAGAAGCGAAGUCAGUCACCUGGUGGUGAAGGCCAGUAAAACAGCGAAGCAGGAGGAAAAUUUUUCUCUCCCUCUCUCCCUUUCUCUCCCUCUCCCUCUUUUCUCUCCGUAGGAUCCACCUCCUAUUCUCUCAACUCUUUUAGCAUAACCUUCAAAGGAGAACGUUCCCUUCUGACUUUAUUAUCUUCUUUUCCCUACUGAGAGAAUACCUCUCAGCUGCAAGACAUUUUUUAAGUCUAUGCAGGACUUCGGGGAUUCUGUUAUCUUGCCAGGGAAAUUGAUCAUUGCUAAUGUCUGGGACUGGAGCUAAAUUAGCUAACAGAGUAAGCCUGGCGGAGGAAGGCUUUUAUCAUACACUCUUCUCUUCAGUUUUAACACAUUUGCUUGAAAUUUGCCGCAUGAUGCUGACCAGGGAAGCAGCUUUUUUUCUCGGGAUGCAGCAAUUCGCUGGUUUCUAAGCUUAUUGCAGAAGGAGAAAUAAUCUUAGAGUGGAUAUUUUUUUCCUUUGGCCCCUACUUCAAUCGACUCAGCUGUGUUGCACCGCGGUGCAGAUCACCUGUCACUAAAUCUUUGAGGAAGUAAAACAAAGUGAAUUAUCAUUAUUAUUUAUUUAUCUUCCUUAUUUUUAACCCGGUGGAGGCGGCGUGACCACGGAGAAUGAGACUGAGAGGAGCUGCCGGGGCUUGGAGGAGGAUAAAGCUGAGUUUAAGCUGGAAACUAAAAGACUAGAUUGCUUUUGGCUGCGCCUCGCCCGGUUCCUCUCCACUUCGUUUAGUUGCGCUCCAUGGACAGAUCAACGAACCUGGACAUCGAGGAGCUCAAGAUGACCCGAGAACAAUACAUACUAGCAACACAACAGAAUAACCUGCCAAGGACAGAAAAUGCACAGCUUUACCCAGUGGGAAUUUAUGGAUGGCGAAAGAGGUGCUUAUACUUCUUUGUCCUUCUGCUGUUGGUUACCAUGAUAGUUAACUUAGCCAUGACAAUAUGGAUAUUGAAAGUUAUGAAUUUCACUGUGGAUGGUAUGGGAAAUCUGAGAGUCACCAAGAAGGGAAUCCGACUUGAAGGUAUAUCUGAGUUUCUACUUCCAUUGUAUGUGAAAGAAAUUCAUUCUCGAAAGGAUAGUCCACUGGUCUUACAGUCUGACAGAAAUGUAACAGUGAAUGCAAGAAACCACAUGGGGCAGUUAACUGGACAGCUGACUGUAGGAGCUGAUGCUGUGGAAGCUCAGUGUAAAAGAUUUGAAGUGAGAGCCAGUGAAGAUGGCAGGGUGCUGUUUUCUGCAGAUGAAGAUGAGAUUACCAUUGGGGCUGAAAAGCUGAAGGUUACAGGCACUGAAGGAGCUGUAUUUGGGCACUCUGUGGAGACGCCACACAUCAGAGCAGAGCCAUCUCAAGAUCUCAGGCUUGAAUCACCCACCAGAUCCUUGAUCAUGGAAGCUCCUCGUGGGGUCCAGGUGAGUGCUGCUGCAGGAGACUUCAAGGCCACCUGCAGAAAGGAGCUCCAUUUGCAGUCUACAGAAGGGGAGAUAUUUUUAAAUGCAAAGACAAUCCGGCUGGGAAAUCUACCAACCGGCUCCUUCCCAUCUUCUUCACCCGGCUCCUCGAGUUCUCGACAGACAGUGUAUGAACUCUGCAUCUGUCCCAAUGGCAAACUUUACCUUUCUCCAGCAGGAGUAGGUUCCACUUGUCAGUCCAGUAGCAACAUCUGCUUGUGGAGCUGAAGUGACUGAUUUCUCCUCACACCAGAAUAGCCUUUUGUUCCUGUCCGUCUGCUUCACAGUUCUGCUCGGUUUCCCUUGUGAUCAGUCCAGAGCUGCUUUGAAUGGUCCACAGAGCAACUUCCAGUGUGAGCAGGGAUUCUCCACCACUUUCCCUUGUGAUUUACCGUACUGCUCAACACAGAGUGUGAGUGACACUGCAGUGGAAAAAGCAUCAUCAGCAGGAAAACUGGAUCAUGACUUUUGCUCAAAAGGGAGAAUAACAUAGGUGCCUUUGCUACAUGAAGUGAAGCACACAGUUUUAGAUUUUUGCAGGACUUGGAUAUAAACUGCACAUAUAUACAUUACAUAAAUGAAAUUCCCAGUAUCCAAUGGCAAGAUGAAAUGGUUAACCCUGUAAGAAAACUUAUUCUACAGUCUGAAAGCACAAUUUUCCAUUCAUCUUUUUGGAUGUAAACUUUUAUCCCCAACUUUUAGAAUUUUGAAGCAUUAUGUAAUGCUUGCUUUACUAAAAAUUAAAUUCAAUACAUGGUUUUUAACAAAACAAAACAAUACAGAAUCUCUCCCUGAGUUUUCAUUUUGUUUCUUUAAUUUCAGUGUGUUGUUACUCUUUGUCUACGAAGUCUACAAUUUUGUACAUUAGGUGAUUUUGAAAGCACUCAGCAAUAUAAUCUUUACAGAAUUAACAAAAUGCCAUUUUAAUGUCAUUUGUCAAAUCUAGAUGGCUUUAUGUAGUAUUUACAUGGCUACUGCAUGUGAUGUAUUUGCUUUUAACAUCUAACUGAUUGCAAUAUAAGAUAGGAUUAAGAAGGACAUGCUGAUGGUAUUAAAUGCAUAGAUCAUUUUUUAAAAAUUCACAUACUAUCCUUUACACCUAGGUUUUAAUAGUAUAAUUUGUGUUUGCUCUAUUCACUUUGCACUGAUUCUGACUGCUAAAAUUCAGACAUCCUCCAAAUAAAUAAUACUAAUUUGAUGCAUAAUGAUGGGAAUAAAUUCACUUCCAUUGGGAUAUCAUCUUCAAAAUUAUUAUCUAUUUAUUUUUUAUUGUAGGUUAAGAUUUAAAGAAGUUAGAAGUUAACUUAAAGAUUCUUGACUAAACAGUAAAAAUGACAAAUGCUAAUAAACAUAUUGAAAAUGUGUUUACUACAUUAGAUUCAUACCUUCAGGAACUGAGUCACAUUUCUAUUCAGCUCUUAACAUAUAUUUACUUUUAUUAGAUUGUUAAGCUACUGUGACAUCAAAAAUUAUAGUUAUUUUCAUUCUCCACUGCUUACUUUUAUAUAUGUCCUCUUAAUAACUUUAGAAUAUUACAGAUUCAUUUAUCACAAUACCCCUUAACUCAGAUUCUUGAAACUUAUAGAAUCAAGGAAUGUAAAACUGUAGUAAGUAUUCCUAUUAUGGGAAGAUGACUUAAUUACUGUUACUGUAAAGUAAGUCCUGAAUUUUCACAUGGCAAUCAACUUUUUGCUCCCCCAUACACACUACCAACCAGCAUGUUGAAACUACAUUUUGGAAAUGAAUGGCUGUACAGUGUUUGGAUUUCAGGUCUCUACAGCUCAGAGUGAAUUGGGAUUUUAGAACUUGUUGAAAAACAUGUGGUUAAUGAAAGUAGAAGUACUGGCAAGGCAAGUUGAAAAGCGAUUAACAUUUUACCAGAAUGAUCUUGUUUGUAUGACCUAGCAUAUCAAAUAACAAAAAGCCCAUUUCCAGUGUACUCAGCAGAAGGGUUCAAAAGCUAAUUUGUUAUUUUAAAAUAAAAUUUGACUUGUGUUUGGA